GCUUUCUUCAAUUUCGGUUAAAACAUUUCUUUCUUUCUUCUUUUAACAACAAACCACCGCUCUGAACAAAAAAAUUCUCCGUCGUUUCUUCUCCGUUCUCCGGUCAAUUCUGAUUCCUCAGAGAGAGAAAUUUGUGUUCGCGAGUUCCGCGUGAAAUACAUGGAAAUGUUGGCGGCGAUGGACUCGCGUUCUUCUUCUCUCCAUCUUCAUCGUUCCAUGUCUCGCGUUGACCUUUUUGCCGGUGUUCGAAUGAAACCAUCCCCUACAAGUCCUGUACCGAAUACGCCUCGAAUAUGUGGAAGCAAACUCUGUUGAUUCGACUCUUCCUCUUCCCUUUGGUAGUUCUGCGGUUUGCUUUUCCUUUGCAUCUGAAUUUCGAGAUCCAAUCGAAGCUGUGAUUACCGGUAGCGUCUUUGUGUAGUCUUUUUCUAGGUCAGUGAUCGUUUCUUGUGAAGAAUUUAGAAGAUUGUGUUUCUACUUUGAAACUUCUUGGGGUUUGUUUCUACUUUGAAACUUCUUAGGGUUUUUAUUGUGCGUUGGAGAAUUCUGGAAUUGGGGGUUUUCUUUUAGGUUUUUUUGAAUCGUGAAGUUGUUUUUUCUGCUGGAUCUUGAAUGGCUGAGAAGAAAGAAUUAGGGUUACCAAAGUCUAGUAUUAAUUUGAAAGAGCAGUUAGCAAGAACUACUCUGAAGAAUUUGAGGUUACAAGGGCAUACUUACAUUGAGCUACGUGAGGAUGGGAAACGUUUUGUAUUCUUCUGCACUUUGUGUCUUGCUCCUUGCUACAGCGACACAAUCUUGCUUGGACACUUGAAUGGAAACCUUCACAAGGAGAGAUUGGCAUGUGCUAGGCUCACACUUCUUGGAACGAAUCCUUGGCCUUUCAGUGAUGGUGUCCUUUUCUUUGAUAGUUCAACCGGAGAAGAAGAAGAGAAAACUCCAGUUUCUGGUGGUGCAAGUGUUCCCGGUACGUUGGGGCAUUGCAGUGACGAUGACAGAUUUGCUAUUGUCAAGUAUGAUAACAACAAAGCAAAUGGAGGUAACCAGCCUGCUGCAGUUACUGAUGAUGAACCUAGUCACUCUACAGAUGAUCUGCUAAUUUCUGGUGUGCUAAUCAAGGAGAGAACUCUUGAUGUUGAAGCAAAGUUCAUUGGUUUUGGCCGAAUAGCUGCCAGGUUGUUUGAAACGAAAGGACGCACUACUUGGAUUGAUAAACUCUGGUGCGAGUGGUUAGGAGACGAGGGUCCUUCAGAUGAGGAGAAGGCUACGAUCCCAGAGCAUGACUUUGCCAUUGUCACAUUCUCCUACUUCUACAAUUUGGGUAGGCUAGGUUUGCUUGAUGAUCCGAGCCGUCUUCUCACAACUAGUCAGUCAGAAUCAGGGAACGGUGAGGACAGUGGCAGGAAGAGAAAGAAGUCUUUCUCGGAUCCAGAGGACACUAGUGAAUCUCUGUGUAAUCAGUAUGACUCUUCUGAGGAGGUUUCUUCAGGUCAUAAUUCAAACUCUUCAAGAGCUCUAAUAGCUGAUUAUGAUGACAGUCUCAUGAGCAAAAGAGUCGUGAAGAACAAAACGGUAAGACGGGAGCUGAGGAGGCAACAACGGAUAUUUUCUGAAAGAAUAUGCGAAGUCUGUAAACAAAAGAUGCUUCCAGGGAAAGAUGCGGCAGCAAUACUAAACAUGAAGACAGGAAAUCUUGCGUGUGGCAGCAGAAACCUCCUGGGGGCGUUUCAUCUUUUUCACGUUUCAUGUGUCGUACACUGGUUUCUCUUCUGCGAGAGCGAAAUACUUGGGAACAAGAUGGUGAGUGGAAAAGGAAAAAAGAGAUGCACAAAGCAUAGUAGUGGUCAGACUGGUGUGAAGUGGAAUGAGUUGGCAAACGAUGUGAGCUGGCAAAUAUUUUCGGUGUUCUGUCCAGAAUGCCAAGGCACUGGCAUAAAUAUCGAAGGAGGUGUGAUUGAGAGAGACACGUUUCCACUUUCUCAGACAUGGAGGUUCCAGGUGAAAGUGAGUGAAGGUAGAAAAGCAUGGGUGAAAAACCCGGAGAAAUUGAAGAAUUGCUCAACAGGUUUUCAUUUUCCGCAGCAGGCUGACGAGUCGGGUCAAAUUCCGGUUCAGGAGGAGAGAGUGCAGAUGAUGAAACUGGUUCGUUUCUACCGAGUGGAGUUGUAAUGUAGGAAACAAACUCAUUUCCUCCUGUGUGUAAAUAAGGGCUUCGUCUCGCAUUUUACAGUUCUCUGUAAAUUUACAUUGACGAUGUUACUAUCUGAUUACUUUGAAGCCCAAUUUAUUCUUGUCUCAACUUUUUUUUUUCUGUCUUUAGAUUUAGGACUUGAAACUGUAUAGGUUCCGACAAUAAAAAUUCGAACUUCUUAAAA